AUGGAUGAGCUAGAGACAGACCAGCUCAGUACUGAGAGGGAAAAGACAGCCUUUCGAAUAAGCUGCUUCUGUGAAGAGAUAUCCUUGUGUGCUCGGCGGCCAGCACGUGAGUACGCGCUAGUACCGUCCGCUUGGUACUGUACAAGGCAGCUUCCUCAGCGUUUGCAUUUCAUUUCCUCCAAUUUCACAUUUCCUUACGUUGCUGACACCAGGAGCAUCAUCGGCGUUCUUGACACCCCAUCGAGCCAAUCUUACUCAGGCGCACCAAACAUGACUGACGAACGCGAAGCACCUUCCCACCCACAUGGCACGUACCCACUCGACAAGGGACUUCCUCAAGGCGUGCCCGACGAGCUACCAAAUCAAGCUCAGCAACUACCAUGCACACGCCAAACACAGCCAUUCUUCGAGCUUCCAGCAGAAAUUCGAAACGCUAUCUACGAACUGGCCAUACCUUCGAAGCAUCGUGGCGAUAGCCUGGUCAUUACGACCCCGAAUUGGGAUGAGCUUAUGGUCUCAGCUGAGCAGCCUGCUAUCACGCGGGUCUCGAGGCAAGCGCGAAGCGAGUCUUUGCCCAUGUUCUACGGCACCAACGACUUCAAAGCUUACAUCCAGUACUACGACUUCAAGACUCUAGUAAAGUGGGCAGACUGCGUCACCUCAGUCCCAAAGCCACCGAAGUUGCGGGUACAGGUCUACUUGCUCGAUAAGAUGAGCUGCAACGUCGGACUCAGAGAUGUCGCCCUGGCUUGGCGGGACAUCAAGCAUGAGACGAUUCAUCUGACCAUUGCCAGCGCCUUUCCCAACGCAGCGCCAGGUCAAUCACAGUGCACAGCAGUGGCGGGUGCUACCAAGGUUGCUGAGGAGCGAAAGGUUGCAGGGGAUCGGCGAGAUGAGACGACGAUUCGCCACCUCCUGAUGUCGGGUGUGCUGGGUGUUUGCAGCUGUCCCGUCCUUGCAGGCCGGCAUAUCAUCACGACUUGUAGUAGGGAGAUGAUGGGCCAGAACGCGAUUCCACGCUCACGCCUCUUGUGA